AUGGCCGACAAGGAAUACACCUACUCGGACGUCUCGGAGCACAACACCAAGAAGGACCUGUUUAUUGUGGUACACGACAAGGUCUACAACGCCUCGAGCUUCGUCGACGAGCACCCAGGUGGUGAGGAGGUUCUCCUCGACGUCGGAGGCCAGGACUCAACAGAGGCAUUCGAGGAUGUCGGUCAUUCAGACGAGGCCCGCGAGAUCCUCGACGGCAUGCUCGUCGGCACACUGAAGCGCCAGCGCAAACAGGAGGGCGACCCCAAGCCCAAGAGCUACUCCGCCCCCGCCGCAUCCGCCCAGACAUCCGACGGCGCAUCCACCGGCGUCGGCCUGUACGCUAUCAUCCUGCUUGGCGGCGCGCUGGCUUUCGGUGCCUACAAGUAUCUGCAAGGUCAGUCUCAGCAGGAAGUCGCCAUUUGA